UUAUUCGUACGUGGUUCUCUCGCAGGUAUCUUUCAGAUUGUAUUUAUGCAAACGUGAAUCUGAGGCAUUUUUCUAUACUGUACCUAUAUGGAGGAAAAUCAGUACACCGAUUUGUUGCAAUGGUUAGCUGAAAAUGAGACGUCCUUUCAGCCGCCAGUUUGCAACAAAAUGCUACACGGAAAAGGUCAACUGAAGGUCUUCUUCGUGGGUGGUCCCAACCAGCGGAAAGAUUUCCAUUUGGAAGAAGGCGAGGAAUUCUUCUACCAGCGGAAGGGAGACAUGCUGCUGGUCGUAAUGGAGCAAGGAAAAUUCAAAGACAUUCACAUCAGGGAAGGCGAGGCAAGUUUUCCUACUUCCCGGAAAAAUCCCUCAUUCGCCCAGAAGGUUCGAAAAUACGCUGGGACUCGUCAUAGAAAGGGAACGCAAGUUGACGGAACUCGAUGCUUUGAGAAAGGGAAGAGUCUGGCGAUUAUAGAUGGAGCAGAACAUCGUCUUCCUGAGGACACGACAUUCCUUGUCAAGAAGGAUCAAGCUUGUGAACUGAAUAUUGAUGACAAUGGAAUCGCAAUUCCGUCGUCACGACAAGUGGCGAUGAGGUCAACUUCUUGGCCACGUUUCUUGGCAGUUUUGAUGAUUCUUCAUCAAAUUAUGGCAAGUCGGGCAAGUCAUCCUCCGGAUACAAAAGAACCCGUUGACGUACGAUACCAUUCUGAAAAAAAAAUCAGCAUGAUUCUUGUCACCCAAUUGUUUGGGUGCCCCAACAAUCGGGUGACCAAACCUCAGUUUGGUGGGCUGGGGAUUGACAAGGCAAAGAACUGCCCUGGCUGGCGGUUGGACCAACCGGCGCUUGAUGACCGGCAGGCAGCAUUGGGUAAUAACAACGACGAUACAGGGGAUUCCGGGCUUGCGAAAUUCGCCAAAUUUGAGACAUACGUGACGGAAGCCAUCGCAGAUGCUACGAAAAAGAUUUCAGAAGCACAAACAACCGUUGUGCGGAACCAGCUUCGAUUGGACACCCUCUCAAAGGCGUUUUCAACUGAGCAAAAUGCCCUGGCUGGCAGAAUUGAGAAACAGGUUGCGAAAUUGAUUGAAGACUAUUUCAAGUCCCAACCGAAACCGGAACCGGAUCCAAAAAUCCUGGCUGAAAUACGCGGUGCCAACGAGAAGAUCCAAGCAUUGGAAACUCAACUCGCUCUUCGAUCCUCUGAAGGCGUUUCAUUGAGAGAACACGUUGUUGGACUGGAAUCUUCCAUCUCUCAAUUGAAUCUCAGCGUUGCCAAUGGUCCACAAGACGUAAUCAAUAAACUUUCGGAGUUGAAAACCGCAAUCCAAAGCGAAACCGGGUCAAAAUUUGCAUCAAUCUCAUCGCAAAUUGAACAACUGACAGCAUCCAAGGAACUCUUGGAAACUGCACAAGUCCGAGUCAAAACCGAAUUGGCGCAGUCUUUGGGGAUUGUGGAGGGAUUAAAAAGCAAAUUGGAAACCCUGGAAAGCACUGUCGGGGCAUCUCUGAAAUCUGCUGAGCAAACCACAGCCGAGACCCAGAAAAAACUAGCGGAUUUCAAUCAAGUUUUGUCAAGUCAAAUUUCGGAAGUCUCGACAUCGGACAAAUCCGCCGUGAAAAGAAUCGAGGCACUCGAAAUUAACCUCGCUGCGGCUCAAACUACUGCCCAAAAUUUGGUUGCAAAGAACAGUGAAAUCAAGAAUUCAAUCGACGCCAUUUCACUCAAAUGGUCUUCAGUUGAAAACCUGGAAAAAUCCAGCCAACAACUGGAAGAACGAAUCAAAGACUUGCACGACAUCUGGAAAUCAUCGAAUAAUGAUUUCUCGGAUCUGCAGCAAAAGGUACCGGGUCAUCCGCCAGUCGGUCAAUUGACGGUUGCGCACCCGCCGGUCGUCAAGCGCUGGUCGGUCCAACCACCAGCCAGGGCAGUUCUUGGCCUUGCCAAUCCCCAGUCCAUCAAACCGCGCAUGAUUCUUGUCACCCAAUUGUUUGGGUGCCCCGACAAUCUGGUGACCAAACCGCAGUUUGGUGGGCUGGGGAUUGGGGAGGCCAAGAACUGCCCUGGCUGGCGGUUGGACCGACCGGCGCUUGAUGACUGGCAGCUGACAAAGCUUGAAGCGCAAAUAUCAGCUGAUCGUGAAGGUUUGAGAAGCCAAUUGUAUGUCCUGGAGCAAAAUAUCAAGAGACAGCAGACACAAGAUAAUGAUAAUUUGCUCAGAAUCGUGGAUACAAGCAAAGCCAGUUUUUUGGCUUCCCAAGAACUGACCGACAAACGCUUGGCAAUUUUCGAGUCUGACAUCAAGCGAAUUUCAGACACUGAUGUGAUCAACUCCAAGACUAUCAAGGCUUUAGAAGAGUCUUUCAAGUCUGCAGAAUCCCUGAAAACUGAUAUUCAAGAUGUCCUGAAAAGGGUGACACUUUUUGAGCAGUUAGCAUCGACGACUCGGGAUCAACUGAAUGCCUUAGAGGGAACUGUUUCUGGCUCAGUGACAACUUCUCAAAAGGAAUUUCAAGACCUGAAAACUGAGUCGAGUCGAUUGUCAACAAAUUUGGACGGAAUC